UCUUCGUUUAUCUAUUGCUCUGUUGUUAUUGUGUGGUGUGGUGAUAAUCUUAAUUUAGUCAAGAAAGACAUUUUUCACUCAUCGUCGGGUCAAUCAACAACUUCACAUUCGAUUAGUUUCAGUCGAUCAAAAUGCGUUUGAAAUUUUGCUUGAACUGUGUCAUUCUAUUAUCGGUCAUCCACACAUCGUUCGGAUGGCGUCAAUUCUGGAAAGGGCGCCGUACCGGCGGCAAUCUAGGAGGUGCAUUUGGUCAUAAUGGGCUAAGUGCUGAGAUUGGAAAUCUACCACCGGAAGAGUGGUUCGAACAAUUGUUAGACCAUUUCAAUCCGACAAAUACGGCGACGUGGAAACAGCGUUUCUACACGAAUAAUGAGUACUAUCAGCCGGGAGGACCAGUCUUUUUGAUGAUUGGCGGCGAAGGAGCAGCAACAGCUGACUGGAUGGUAAAGGGAGCGUGGGUACGGUAUGCUAAGGAGCACAAAGCACUCUGUUUUCAACUGGAGCAUCGGUUUUAUGGAAAGAGUCAUCCGACAGAAGAUUUGUCAACCGAAAAUCUUGUGUACUUGUCAUCCGAACAGGCAUUGGCCGACCUUGCCUAUUUCAUCAUAGCCAUGAAUGAGAAAUUCAACUUGAAUCGUGAUACGAAAUGGAUAGCAUUCGGUGGAUCGUAUCCAGGAUCGUUGGCUGCCUGGCUUCGCUUGAAAUAUCCGUACCUAGUUCAUGGUUCCAUCAGUUCCAGUGGACCUCUUCUAGCUAAAGCUGAUUUUAAAGAAUAUUUUGAGGUUGUCAAGGAUUCACUGGGUAGUUAUUCUGGCGAUUGUGUAACGGCUGUUCAAAAAUCCAUACAACAGGUGGAAAUUCUUCUCAAGCAUAGAGUUGGAAUGAUCGGUCUUAAUGACAAGUUCAAACUAUGCGAUCCAGUCGAAAAUUCAAUUGAAAAUCCAUUGGACAUUUCCAAUUUGUUUGAGUCGUUGGCUGGUAAUUUCGCCGGAGUGGUUCAAUACAGUGACGAUAACAGGAGUACGAAAACUAAACCCAUGGACAUUAAUGACGUCUGUCGAAUAAUGGUCAAUUCAACCAUUGGUACCCCAGUUGAUCGUCUAGCCGAAGUUAACAGUCUUCUAUUGAUCCAAUCAAAGGAGAAGUGCUUGGACUACAAAUACGAUAAAAUGCUCGAUGAAAUGAGGAAUACAUCGUGGGAAGCAACUGUUGCAGAAGGUGGUAGACAAUGGACGUAUCAAACGUGCACCGAAUUCGGAUUUUAUCAAACUUCCGACGAUAAAAACUUGGUGUUUGGCGAUCGAUUUCCGGUAGAGUUUUUCGUUCGGCAAUGCGUGGACUUUUUCGGGAAACAAUUCGACGACAAGUUCCUCGAAAAGGCAAUAUUUCGAUCCAACGCAAAUUACGGAGCUCUUGAUCCAGAAACGACAAAUGUAAUCUACGUUCAUGGGUCGAUCGAUCCAUGGCACGCGUUGGGAUUGACGAAAGCUGUUAACGAUCAAAUGCCAGCCAUUUACAUUGAAGGUACUGCACACUGUGCUAAUAUGUACGAACCAGCUGACAACGAUCUACCGCAAUUGAAGGCUGCUCGAGUAGAGAUUAAUAAAUUUAUCAAAAAUUUGAUUCAAUCAUAAGAAUGUAAAGUUGAUAUGCCAAAUUGAGAGAAAUAAAUUUUCCGAGAUUAUUUCGACAAA